AUGGUUACUGCAAACACAGAAGGUGCUGUAGACACAGAAGGUACUGUAAUCACAAUGGUUACUGCAAACACAGAAGGUGCUGUAGACACAGAAGGUACUGUAAUCACAAUGGUUACUGCAAACACAGAAGGUACUGUAGACAUAGAAGGUACUGUAAUCACAAUGGUUACUGCAAACACAGAAAAUGCUGUAAAUGCAGAAAAUGCUGCAAUCACUGAAGUGCUGAGGGCCUAUAAACCAUACGAUUUAUGCACGCCACCUUGUCUUGAGCACCCCGACCAUAGAGGUUCCGCCCAAGUGUCGAUCGAACAUUUGGACUUCCCGCACCCAUGCCGCCACAUAGAUAUAAAUGUUAUCGGACAAUUGAUAAGAAAUUUUGAAGGUGAAGGUUGCAUCAAAGACACCAAUCGGAUUCCUGCCAUUAUCAACGAUUCAAUUCUCUAUGCAGGGCUGAACAAACUGGAAACAAGCGCCGAGUCUUUUAAGGCUAUCUCGAAUAGCGCACCACCGCGGCUUCAUCUAGAACGUGGUGUAAAAGUGGAAUGCCUCCACGGACAACACAGAGUUCUCGCUGCAAAAAAGUUUCUGGACCCAUCGGAGAGAUGGUGGAUUGUUGACUUCUACGGCAGUGAUCUCGAAGCAGAUACUAAGCAGGCCCUUCGAGAGGGUGAGUCUUACUCAGAGCCAUACGCAUCCGGCGAGAUAUUCCGUAACUAUCGGCUUUGCUGCUACAAUAAGGAUGACUUGGGUGCGCAGCGUUGGCAGAAGAAACUCAAGUCCUAUCAGGAAGCGUAUUUCGAAACGAUUCUAAAACGGGAGAUCCUUAUCAAAGCUUUGGACUCUGUCUUGAAUAUUAGUGGGCUAUGGAGAGGCUUUUACGCAGGAUCGUUGAAUGAUUUUAUUAGUCUGGGUUGCGAUGAGGAAAUUGCGCGUUAUAUUAGGGCCAUCAAGACCGAGCUUACGCGUAUCUUUAGGGAUAACAUGGCAACAAUGAUGGCAACCGAUCCUUUGAGCAUCGAAUCCAUCCAGUCAAGAGCUCCUGCCCUCUCGAAGACAGACUUUGAAUUCAUUGAUGAGCGUAUGGGGUCAGGGGAGUUAUUUCCGGCAGUAACAGACCCCGUCGAAAGAGAAAAUAUUAAGAAGGGCAUCCUUUCAACUGAGGUUCCUAUACCAACUCUGUGGACACUAAUCUGCGAUGUCAGAUACCUCAAGAAACCGGCAAGAGUCCUGAAUGCUUUAUUGCCCCCCCGAAAAGAGAAAAAGAAGAUAAAGAAUAGCCUGUACGAGAGGUUUCGAGACUCAUUCUCUAUGACGGAAUUGGGCAGUAAUAAUUUUGAGAUACAACAGAGUACGCUUUCUUUUAAGUCCAUCUCAGGAAGUCUUGAAGAUUGUUUCGACGCUGGAUAUCAACAGUUGUGGCUCUGCGCGUGCCGGGUCUGGAAGUCCGGCAACGCAUACGGCCUGAUCCAGCUAGCGACACUUGCAGAUCGGCUGGGAUUCUCAACAACACAAAUUGAACGCGAGCUCGCCAAGGAUCCGGGUCGAAUAAUUAUUGAAAAGGCACUUCAAGAGGCACACUAUGUCCUGCAUCCGGGUGAGAAGUUCAGCUUCGAUUACAAUCAGGCCAGGCCACUUAUCAGCUUAUUCAACGAGCAAAUGAACAACACGCUAGCAUCUUAUCCGGUGGCAACGUAUCCAUUUAUUACAGUUGCUGGGCCUGGCGAGCCACUGUCGCGCAGAUGCGGCCAUAGCUCCAUGGACACGGAGGACCUCGGUUAUCUCUUCCUCGACAAGAUACACGCUCCUCUUCAAUAUUACCAUCGAUCUGGGGACGGAAUUAGCUCCUUUUAUGUCAAGCGAUCGCGACACAUAGCAUUUUUCGGUGCAUUGAUCCUCGACGAUACCCCUCAAAAUGGACUAACUCCCGUGCCGUUGGUCAAUCCACAACAGCAACAUAUGAACGUGUCACUUUCUUCAUAUGCACGCUCAUCCCGAUACUCUGACGAAAUAUCUUUAAUUCAAGCGCAAGCCGAGACCACCCCUACCGAAGAGGUAGCGACAUUCAUGGAGGAUGACGUGAAUAUUCAACAGGUGCCGUACGAGAUGGAGUCAAUCAACAAACAGGCCCAGAAAUAUGCUGCAGAAGGGAAAAAGCUAAGACUGAGAAACGGACAUCAUAUGGUCUGGUACGACUGCUUUGCGGUCUUGGAGCGGGCAAAAGAAUCAACUGUGAUUGUAUAUAAACUUGUUCAUGAUCUGGAGGGAUUGGAUCACCAAAUGGCACACAUGGAUGGAGGCAUAUGA